UCACGCGGUCUACGACAUCAUCCCGAGCCUUGCUGACGCAAAAUGCGUGUGGCGGUGAAACCGGCUUUUUCUAGUCUUCAUUCUCAAUAAUUGUUACUCAACGUUUGGUUAAAUGGAAUCUGGGAUCGUCAUCUUCUAAAUUACUGUGGAAACCGCUCCCCGGCCUUAGCUUGUCCCGCUUCAGGAAGUGUUUACAUUUAUGACGCCAGUUAGCGUCGCUAGCAUAGCGUGUGAACUUUCACCACUUCUUUUUUAUGUAACCGAGGUUCUGAUUAACGCUUUCGAGCUAACCGGACAGGUGAAGCUACCGGUGGAGGGGGACUCAAUGGUACAGGCUGGACUUUAACUUGAACUUUUUUUUAUUUAUUUGGCCAGCGUCGCAGUUCAGGUUGGUUAAGUCUGACCGACUUUCUCGUGCUGUGUUCGAGGUCAUUCUGUAGCUUUCGGGGGGAUACCAUCAUGAGGAGCCUCCCGUACUUUUGUCGAGGUCAGGUCGUUCGAGGAUUUGGACGAGGAAGCAAAGAACUCGGAAUUCCCACAGCAAACUUCCCAGACUCUGUGGUGGACAGUCUUCCAGCAGAUAUCCGUACAGGAAUUUAUUAUGGCUGGGCAUCCGUGGGCAAUAGCAAUGUGUACAAAAUGGUGAUGAGCAUCGGCUGGAACCCGUACUACAAAAAUACAAAGAAGUCUAUGGAGACUCACAUAAUUCACAAAUUUAAAGAGGACUUUUAUGGGAAUAUCCUGAGUGUCGUCUUGGUGGGCUUCAUCCGCCCAGAGAGGACCUACAACUCCCUCGAAGCUCUCAUCGCAGCCAUCAAUAAUGACAUUGAGGAGGCUAAGAUCAAGCUGGAGCUCCCAGAGCAUCGCAAACUAAAAGACGACCACUUCUUCACCAACACGACAAACUCGUCUCCAGUGUCAUCGUCAAGCUCCGCAUCCACAUCCCAGACUAUCAUUAACGGUCACUGACAGCUGGCUGAGACACCCAAACAAAGCUAGCGCAUAUCCACAACCGCCUUUUCAUUCACUUUUAUUUUUCUUUAUUAGGUUUUUUUUUUUGUUCUAACAGCUGUUGAAAUGCAGCCAGUCUUUGAGUAGAUUAUGAAUUAUGUAAAUAUUCAUACCAGUCUGCCUCUUUGCCUCUCACUAGUCCUGCUGUAUAGUUAGUCAUUUAAAGAGGGGAGGAAAUAAAUACUUUCUGUGUAUACUGUGUACUACCACCUGGUAAAGAAGUUUGCACCAAUAUUAAAUUAAAGAAAAAUUAAGAAUGUUGACAAUUAUUGUUUGUGGGUUGUAUCACUAUAAUUAAAACUCUUACUGAAGAUAUGAAUUUACAUAAAAUAACUGUACUUUUUACCCUUUUUCUGUCCUUUCUGUAUUUUAGAGUCUUGAUCAUUUAGGCCCUGAAAUUAGAAACUUCUCAGAUCAUUUGGGUUUCGAACCAUAAUGCAUUAAUUUAUUAGGAAUAUUUUUGGAAAGAUUUGUUGAGAGACCUGCUGCAGGGUAUAUUUUUUUUUAUCUUAAAUUUAUUUUAAAAUGACUCAUAUGGAUGAAAAAGAUUCAUUUAUGAACAGAACACUUAGGCUUUAAUGAAGGUCAUCACCUUUUAUUUAGGUAUAAACAUUGGUAAAAUUUUGAAAAGGGGGGGAUCCACGUGUUAUUUUGAUAUUUUCUUAAAGUCUUUAAACAUUAAUUUAUACUCGUCACAUUGAAAAUCUAUAGAGAAAUCUACUCUGCAUAAUGUAUGUGGUCUCUUGAUUUUUGCAGAAAUCAUCAAAUGCUAUAAAAGAAACAUCUUGUGAGAUGAUUUAAUGCCUGUGUGUGCCUGAGAAAUUUGGUGAAACCUUCAAUCAUGAUUUAUUUAGCCAUUUUGUAAUUUGUUUCAGUUGGGAUAUUUAAUGUUUAGAGUUUAGAUCUUUUUUUUCUGUUAAAUGUUAUGCAGACAAUAAACUCAACAUUGUCAUGAAUGUUGACACGUUAAUCACUUCAUCUCUUAUUUUUGUAUAUUUUGUGUGUGUGCGGGGGGGGGGUUGGUUUUUUGUUUUGUUCAAGUCAAAUGUGCUGCUUCAGAAAAUCUGUAAAAUAUCACAAGAAAUCUGUUAUGAUUUUGGUGUUUUUGUACUCGUCUGUUGCAACGGUAUACUGGUGUUAUUGCAAGAGCGUAGGUUCCUGCAAGCAGACUGAACAGUUUAAGCGUUUAUGUUUUUGCAUUAUUUUUAAACCAUAUAAAUUAGUAUUUCUGAAGAUGA